AUGGCGGCACGCGUGCAGCCGUCGUCCUCGCUGCUCGUGGCGGCGGCGGCGGUCGCCGUGGCCGCGUUGAUGGCGAUGGCCGUCGCCGCGGCGGACUCGACGACGGACAACAUCCAGCCGCUGUCGACACUGAGGAUGCAGGCCGCGCAGGUCGCCAUGGACUCCGGCGCCGUCAUCCACGCCUCGCCCGACGUGCUCGGCAAGAACGGGGAGGAUUCCGCCUGGGUGACCGUCAACUUCACCGCGCCGGCGCCGUCCGCCGGCCACUGGGUCGCGCUCUUCUCGCCUGCCGACUUCGGUUUGAGCGUUGGGGCCGACGCGAGCACCAACGCAGCAGCAGGGGGAGAGGGGCCAGCAGCAGGGUUGCCCACGGCGCCGAUCAAGUACAUGUUUGCCAACAUCUCGCCGAGAUUCAUGAGCUCCGGCAGCGGCAACAUGAGCUUCCUCGUGAUCAACCAGCGGUCCGACUACGCCUUCGGGCUGUUUUCUGGUGGCAAGGACAAUCCUAAACUUAUCGCGAUCUCAAACAAGAUCUCCUUCGCGAACCCGAAAGCUCCGGUGUUCCCGCGCCUAUCUCUAGGGAAAGAAUGGAACGAGAUGGCUGUAACUUGGACAAGCGGGUACAACAUCGAUGAAGCGUAUCCUUUUGUGGAGGGGAAAAUGAAGGGAGAGGAGAGCCCCAGACGAACGCCAGCAGGCACCCUCACCUACACGCGGAGGCAUUUGUGCGGCAAACCAGCGAAUGCUGAAGGAUACAGAGACCCCGGUUUCAUACACACAGCCUUCUUGAAGGACUUGUGGCCCAACAGAGAGUAUUCUUACCAAAUUGGGCACGAGCUGCCAGACGGGACCGUGGUGCGGGGCAAGCCAUCCACCUUCCGCGCACCGCCUUUCCCCGGCCAGGACUCGCUCCAGCGGGUCGUGGUCUUCGGCGACAUGGGACUCGGGCAACGCGACGGAACCAACGAGCUCGCCGGCUUCCAGCCCGGAGCGCAGGUGACCACGGACCGGCUGAUCCAGGACCUGCCCAACUACGACGCCGUGUUCCACAUCGGCGACCUCUCCUACGCCAACGGCUUCCUCGCGCAGUGGGACCAGUUCACCGCGCAGAUCGAGCCCAUCGCCUCCAGGGUGCCGUACAUGGUGGCAAGCGGCAACCACGAGAGGACGUACCACGACACGGGGGGUUUCUACACCGGCAACGACUCCCGCGGCGAGUGCGGCGUGCCGGCGGAGACCUACUUCUACGUGCCGGCCGAGAACCGGGGCAAGUUCUGGUACGCGGCGGACCACGGCAUGUUCCGGUUCUGCGUCGGCGACACGGAGCACGACUGGCGGCCGGGGUCGGAGCAGCACGCGUUCCUGGAGCGGUGCUUCGCGUCGGCGGACCGGAAGCACCAGCCGUGGCUGGUGUUCGCGGCGCACCGCCCGCUGGGCUACUCCUCCAACGACUACUACGCCGCGGAGGGCUCCUUCGCGGAGCCCAUGGGGCGCGCCCUGCAGGGCCUGUGGCAGAAGCACCGCGUCGACCUCGCCGUCUACGGCCACGUCCACAACUACGAGCGCACCUGCCCGGUGUACGAGAACACGUGCAUGGACGGGGGCAAGGACGACAAGGGCAGCUACUCCGGCACGAUGGGCGGGACGGUCCACGUGGUGGCCGGCACGGGCGGCGCCAAACUGCGGGAUUACUCCGCGGGGCCGUGGCCGCAGUGGAGCGUGGCCCGGGACAAGAGCUUCGGGUACGUGAAGCUCACGGCCAGCGACCACUCGUCGCUGCGGGUGGAGUUCAUUCACAGCGCCGACGGCGCCGCGCACGACGCGUUCAACAUCAGCAGGGACUACAAGGACGUCCUGGCGUGCACGGUCGACAGCUGCGCGCCCCACAGCAUGGCUAGCUAACUGGUCGAUAGGAGGAAAUUAGGAACAUACAGAUCAUACUCUCUUGAGAACAGUUGCGGCUGGAACGCGGCCAUGUGUGAUUCAUGCAGGAAUUAUAUUGUUUCAUGUAAAUUCUGCGUUCCAAGCGUAGACUUAGUCCCUUAGUAGUAUUUUUUUUUGUGAGUUUAACGAU